UGAUUCUGAUCCCAUUUACAGACUCGUCCCAAAAUUUCCAAUUUCUCCUUUCUCUCCCCUCUGUUCUUCCCCCUUUUACAGACCCUUUCCUUCUCUACUUCAUAUCUCCUUUUCAACCUGUUUUCAUUUCUUUAUUCUCAUAAAUCUGUCAUCUUUCUCGUAUAAAGUGCUUCACCCAUGACCUGAGAAGACUUCUUAACAAUGGGAAAGUACACAAGGAAGUCCAAGUCUACAAGUGAGGUCGCUAUAAUGGACGUCGCACACUCAUCUCUCGGUGUUUGGACUCGAGCUAAAAAGUUAGCUCUUCAACGCCUUCAGAAAUCUUCUUCUGUUACUUCUGCAACAACAACGACGGCUGCUGCGUCUGUUGGAAGAUCGUAUUUGCAGCUCAGAAGUCGGAGACUUGAAAAACCCCCAAUUCUCGUUGGUGAUUCGAAGAGACAAAAACAUAUUCUUAAAGAUGCAUGUCUAUCGAAUCCUAACCCUAGCACUGAACCCAACAAUUCCACCACGAAUUCACCUGAUUCUUUGAAGGAAAUCCAGCCGGAGAUUCAGAAAUCGGAUGCCAGAGAUGAUUUAGGGUUUGAAGCUUGUUUUGGUGAAAACGUGAUGGAAUCUGAAAGCUGCUGUGAUAGAAGUGAAAGGGAAAGCACUCCAUGCAGUUUGAUUAGAGAUACUGAGAACAUAAAAAGGACCCAUUGUUCUACUGAUGUGAGAUUGCAGGAUAACAACAACACCCGAAUGCAAAAUAUCCCAACCGCGAAUGAAAUGGAGGAGCUCUUUGCUGGACCCGAACAACAUCAACAAAGCGAAUUCAUUGAAAAGUACAACUUUGACCCUGUGAAUGAGAAGCCUCUUCCAGGACGUUAUGAAUGGGAGAAAUUGAAUCUGUAGAGAUAAAACCAUGGUGGUGGUGGUAAUUUCCAUUUCCCAUCACCUUUUUAUGUAAAGAAAGCAUGGCUUGUAACAUUAGAGAGAUCUUGUGACCCACAAAAAGAGCAAGCACUAGAAGGUAAUUAUGGCUUAGUUGUGUUAGCUGGACAAGUCUUUGUUUCUAGGAGUUAUUAGAUUUUAUUUUCUCUUAGUCUCAAUUGUCAAUACUUUAAUGCAACUUUGUAAGAAAUCCUGAAAUAAACACGACCCAUUUUCUCCUCUU